AAAGUAUUGGGUAAAGUGUGUUAAGCUUUGAAAGCCUAAUUCACACAAAGAUAAGAAUGACAAACACACAUUCUCACAAUGGCAGGGAGUACUACUUUCUACACCUCCUGCAACUUAGGGAGAUGUUGUUUGUUAUUAAAAACUCACAAUGCAAGGAAAGUAUCUCAAUGUGGAAUGAAAAGGAACUUUAGAAUAAAAGCAGAAGUGAAGUUUGUAACAGCUGAAGAAGCUAAGGAACUUGUAGCUGUAGAUGGAUAUAAUGUUCUUGAUGUGCGGGACAAAACUCAGUUUGAACGAGCUCACAUUAAAACAUGUUAUCAUGUCCCUCUUUUUGUUGAAAAUAAAGACAAUGAUCCUGGUACAAUCAUAUUAAGGAGUGUGCACAAUAAUUUUUCUGGGUUGUUCUUUGGGAUACCAUUCACAAAGCCAAAUCCUGAUUUCUUACAAUCUGUGAAGACUCAGUUACAGCCUGAGAGUAAACUCUUGGUUGUAUGUCAGGAAGGACUGAGGUCUACUGCAGCAGCAAAUAAGUUAGAGCAAGCUGGUUUCCAAAAUGUAGCAUGCAUAACAUCUGGACUUCAAACUAUCAAACCAGGGACAUUUGAAUCUGUUGGCUCCACUGAGUUGCAGAAUGCUGGCAAAGCUGGUUUGGUGCAAGUCCAAGGAAAAAUUUCGGCUGUGUUGGGAACUGUUCUUAUUUGUGCAUUUUUAUUCAUUACAUUCUUUCCUGACCAAGCAGAGAAGCUGAUCAAACUGGUCCCUGCAGGCUAAUACUGAAAAUUCCAUUGAUUAGCUGUUUUCAACUCACAUCAUGCAUGUUGCAUAAUUUAGAAAUGUGAGAUUAGAAUUGAGAAACAUUUUGUAUAAAAAAAAACGAAUUGAGGAACAUUAAAAUUUAAAACAUUGGGAUGUGAAUGAGGUGAUGGAAGGGAUCAUGUCAGUAUGGUUAUAAUGGUCAAAACUAGAUUGCUUACCCCACUGCACUGUGGUUGUAACUUAUUUUCCUUUUAAGCAAAUCAAUGUCUACAGCUACACCCAUUUCCAAUGUUUAAGAUGUCAGUAACUUCAUGCAUGUGAUCCUAGGAGUCUAGGACAUAUGUUAUGCUGUUUUUCAUCUUCGAAGAGCCAUUUUUCUGGUUCCCUUUAAGUACAGAAAAAGGAAUAGGUGCUCUAUGAUUCUCAAUGCCAUA